AUGGCUGACGUCGAAUACAACGCCGAGGAGGCAGCUGAGAUCAAGAAGAGAAGAGCCUUCCGCAAGUUUUCUUACCGUGGUGUCGACCUCGACCAGCUCCUUGAUCUCACUUCAGACCAGCUCCGUGAUGUCGUUCACGCUCGUGCCAGGCGCCGAAUCAACCGCGGCUUGAAGCGCAAGCCCAUGGGCUUGAUCAAGAAGCUCCGUAAGGCCAAGCAGGAGGCCAAGCCCAACGAGAAGCCCGACCUCGUCAAGACCCAUCUCCGUGACAUGAUUGUCGUCCCUGAGAUGAUCGGUUCCGUCAUUGGCAUUUACUCCGGCAAGGAGUUCAACCAGGUCGAGAUAAAGCCCGAGAUGGUUGGCCACUACCUGGCCGAGUUUUCGAUUUCAUACAAGCCCGUCAAGCACGGUCGCCCGGGUAUUGGUGCUACCCACUCGUCUCGUUUCAUUCCUCUGAAGUAA